AUGUCCGUUGCUCGGUUUCCCAUCGAGAGCAAUGACACAAACCCUAAGAGAGCCAGAGUGGAAAUCCGACCAGUUCUAGGAUUCUCGGACGAGGACAAAAUCGAAACCAUUCAACCCCAUGACGAUACUCUGGUGGUCACAGUCAGAAUAGGAGGGUACGAUGUAAAGAGAGUAUUGGUAGACCAGGGUAGCGCUGUCAAGGUCAUGUACCUUGACCUGUACAAGGGGCUGGGAUUGAGGCUCGAGGACUUGACAACCUACAAUUCCUAUCUAAAUAGUUUUGAGGGGAAGACCGUUAUUCCAAAAGGUCAGAUCAGACUACCUACACAAACUGGGUCGGAAGUGGUAGAGGUAAAAUUCAUCAUGGUGGAUGCCUAUUCCCCCUACACAGCUAUUGUGGCCAGACCCUGA